UCUGUGCAUAGAGGGGACCUCUGGGGGCUUGAGUCUGCACAGCCUGCGACUGGAAAAUCUGGUUCAAAUGUGGGCUCCCUAAGGGACUGUCAGAAGUCUCGGUGCUUGCUCCCUCUGUGCUCUGCUUACCUUUGCGUUGGGCUCCCUGACUUGUGUGCUGAAGGCGAGCAGGGCUGAGGGGGGUGGUAAAUGGUCAACCUCUGCCUUUGGGGUUCUGCCUUCAUCCUCGUGGCUCUGUAGCCUCUGGACUGGAUGAGGAUCUACAGAGGGAGUCCUGAACCCAUCCCGACCACUGGUCUGAACCCAUUCAAAUGUGAUAUGGCUCCUUUCAGUCUCCACUUUGGUGAAGCCUAGGAACGUCUAGGCAUCCCUCCAUCUCCCAAGUUGCUCCCCUUUGCUGCCUGAUUUCCCCAUCAUCUCUGACAGUUCUCUCUGAGUGCCUUUCCCAGUGGAUGGUGAUCCCUGCAGGGAGAGCUGAGCAGAGACUUCAUGUUGCAUUCUUGGUUUCACAGUCAGGGGCUGGCCCUAGAAGGUUCUCAAGGAAUGUUUGUGGAGUAGGUUGAUAACAGCUACCUUCUCUCAGUAACCACCCUUUUCCAGAUCUUGUGAAUAUGGAACCGCAGGGUAAUCCUAAAUUACUCUCCUUGUCCCGGCCCCAGGAAAUGGAGGCAGAGAGAAGUCCUGUAUGUUGCUCAAGGUGGAACGUGGUUGGGCUGGGCAGGUUACUUUUAGCCAGCCCACACAGCCUUGGGUGGAUGACUGGAGUCUGCUGAUUGGGUCUCUGUGGGCAGCUGAGGGGGCUGAUGUGGCUGCUGUGAUUUCUGCCCACAACACAAUGCUUCAUUGUGGGAUUUUGCAACCAGUGGAUCCUUGUGUGCCGUCCCAGGCUUCAGCAACUCCAGCCUGUGUCAGCUCUUCCCGGCCUUUUCAACGCUCCAGUGUCGGGAGGCUUACGUGUGGCCCCGAGUCCUCUGCUUGGAGUACAGCUAUCAAGGUUGGGUCAGAGGAAGCAGAGGUGUGUCAGCUCUGGGCAUAACCUUGUGGCUGUUUUUGUGUCUUUUGUACCUCUUGGGGGUAUAGGAAGGAAAGCAGGUAUGGUGAGGUUGGCUGGUCUUCCCACACCCUCUGCAGCCGCUCCUGCUGAAGCGUUGGGGUCAACAGUGAAGACGACAUAAGGAUCACUUUCUCCCUGUGGAGGCAAGUGGAGGGGAGACGUUGCCCCAGCAUGAACUGCACCCCCAGAAACAGGAAGUAGAAACUAAAGCAGCUGUCUGUCUGUCUGCCAUGGCCUGUGAGCCUCCUACAGACCCUGGUGUCGCAGCUGGUCCCCUGCCCACCUCUAUCCUCGGCUGCAGCACCUUGCCUCAGAGGAGCCCUCCUGGAUGGGGUCAAGAGCUGCACAAUGGCCAGGUGCUCGCCGUCCUCCGGAUCGACAACACCUGUGCACCCAUCUCCUUUGACCUGGGAGCCGUCGAGGAGCAGCUGCAGGCCUGGGGCAUUCAGGUCCCUGCUGAGCAAUACAGGAACUUGGCUGAGAGUGCCCUCUUGGAACCUCAAGUGAGGAGGUAUAUCAUCUACAACUCCAGGCCUAUGCGGCUGGCCUUUGCUGUGGUGUUCUACGUGGUGGUGUGGGCCAACAUCUACUCCACCAGCCAAAUGUUUGCCCUGGGCAACCAGUGGGCAGGCGUGCUGCUUGCCACCCUGACUGCUGUCGGCCUGACCCUGAUCCUCGUGCUGAUCUUUGAGAGGCAGCAGAGGAAGGCUAACACUAACACAGACCUGAGGCUGGUGGCCGUCAAUGGAGCCCUUCUGAGACACCGGGUGCUGCUGGGGGUGACAGACACAGUGGAAGGCUGCCAGAGUGUGAUCCAGCUCUGGUUUGUCUACUUCGACCUGGAGAACUGUGUGCAGUUUUUGUCUGAUCAUGUUCAAGAAAUGAAGAGGAGCCAAGAGUCUUUGCUGAGAAGCAGAUUAAGCCAGCUAUGUGUUGUCAUGGAGACGGGAGUGAGCCCUGUGGUGGAAGGGCCUGAGGACUUGGAGGAUGCCCCCCUCCUGCCCAGCACUCCUGGUCCUCAGGAGAGACCACUCAUGCAGACUGAACUCUAUCAGCUUGUUCCGGAGGCUGAGCCAGAGGAGAUGGCCCGGCAACUACUGGCAGUGUUUGGUGGCUACUACACUCGGCUCCUGGUGACCUCUCAGCUCCCCCAGGCAAUGGGAACCCGACACACAGACUCUGCAAGGGUCCCAUGCCCCUGUCAGCUCAUAGAAGCACACAUUCUGGGCACAAGAUGCUGCCCUUUCCUGGCCAGGUGACCUAGGGACAAAGAUGUUCAUCUUCCUCCAAGACUGAGAAGUGGGGGAGGAGUCAGGAGCCUGGCAUGGCUGACAGUGAGCUCAGAUGAGAUCAGCAUUUGGGGACACUUUGGAGAGUGUCUGUCAUGUUGGCCAUGGGGUCAUCAAGGGCACACCAGAUGUCUUGUUGGCGUCAUAUGCUGCCCUGGCCUUGCUGAAUCUGGUGGCUGAGCUGGAGUUGCCUGGGCCUGCAGCCUGGGUAGAGGAUCCUGUCUGUGGCCUGCGGAGCACCAGAGUCCUGCAGCUGACUUUACAGGGCUCAGGGAGGACACUGCCCUCUCCGAAUUGCCCCAGGCUGCUGAUGUCAUAAGCACACCCAUUUCCAGUGUGAGAGAAGGCCUUGGAAGGCUGAACCAGCAUGUGAACUACAGUACUGUCUGGGCUUGUCUGUUAGCCCCUGGGCUGUAGACAACAGGGCUGCAGAACAGGGGCGAGGAGACCAGGCUUGGUGACCAUCAACAGGGGCACUUGGAAAAGAACACCCUGUUGUUGGGACUCAGACUGAUUUGGGGUAGCAACAUGCAGGCUUGUGAUUGAGAUCCGUCUUGCAGAGCAACAGUGGUGUUUUCUGACAUUCCACUGUUCUGGAAUGAGGUGUGAUCAGAGACUCUGGGUUUGAAUAAAGAGCUCAACAACCUCCCCAAGAGCUUGAAGACUGCCCACAGCCCCAUGUCCAAAGCCCUCGUCUGAUGGGAAGGUCCAGCUCCAAGAUCCAGCCUUUGUGGUUUCUGUCCCCCACAAAUCACCAUUAUAAGUUGGAUCUCUUCCCUGAACUGGCAGACGUGUUCCUGUUGGACUCUUAUUCAUGUUUCAGAAUCCCUUCUGCUGCUUUCUGUCUCAUUGAAAUUCCUGAUGGAGCUGUUCCUAUUAUUGAUGUUUUAUGUUACUCCAUUUUUCUCCUGUACAAACCUCUUUUUCUAUCGAAGACUGUAAACUCCUUAAGGUCCAACACUAUAUCCAUCUUCCUUUUGUGAAUGACCUAGACUUGCUUAGAACAAAAUAAUUCUGAAAAGUCCCAUGGAUCGGUUGGUUGCAUUAUCCUCUCCACCAGUUGUGGCAAAUUGUUCUGCAAACAUGGUUGAUGAAGACCCGGUCAUGAUGGACCAGAGUUGUAUCACUUUAUUUGUCCACCUUCCAUGUGCUGGAUGGUUCCGGUCAUUUCCAGCUUGUUGUGCUGUUUGUUAUUCUUACCUCGGUGCACAAAGUUCCCUUGACCCCAACCGAGGUGAUAUGCCAUCACGGGGUUCUGGCGAAGCUAGUAACCCGGGUUCUUCUUGCAUACCUGCCAUCUGUAGGGCUGCGUAGCCACGCUGAGUGCAUUGCCUUCUCGGUGUGUCCACGGACUUCUUUAUGGAGCUCUGUGGUGGCCUGAAAUGGCACAGCCCUGUGGUGGCCUGAAAUGGCACAGUGCAGCAGACUUUCUGGGUAAGACAUGUCCUACCUCUUUGCUUUCUCUGUGCCCAAGAUGGAGGAGUCCCCCAGCCACGUCUGGGGUAACUUUGCUUAGUGGAAUUCAUUCACUGUCUUUUGAUCCACUGUGGGAAAUGUCACUGAAUUUGAUCAAGGGAAACUGUGCUUGCCAUCUGGUCACCGAAACCCUUCGGUAUAAUGAUGGUGAAUAAAGCUGUGUUUGGUGAAUGACA